AUGAAGUUCACCGUCUUCGCUGCCAGCCUUUUGUCGGCAUGUGCUGUUACUGCAGCACCUGCUCCAAAGCCUGACCCAGUUGCCGAGCCAGCCCCUUUGCCCAGUCCUUCUGGCAUCCCGACCGCUGCGGCUGCCAAAACCCAGCUGGCUGCGCUCACAGUAAAGGCAUCUGCCAGCGGUGAUGACUACGAUCGCGAUCUUUUUCCUACUUGGAUCACGAUUUCGGGAACCUGUGACACCCGAGAGUUUGUUCUCAAGCGUGACGCUACCUCCAUCACAGUGGAUAGCUCAUGCAAGGCCACGGCUGGCAAGUGGACAUCUCCAUAUGACGGAGCCAGUUGGACAGAUGCGUCUGAUCUCGACAUUGACCACAUGGUGCCACUGAAAAAUGCUUGGAUUUCGGGAGCCAAUGAGUGGACCACUGACAAACGCCAACAAUACGCCAACGACAUUGUGCGGCCUCAGCUGUGGGCUGUCACUGACAAUGUCAACCAGUCCAAGGGAGACAGAAGCCCGGACGCGUGGAAGCCGCCAUUGUCGAGUUUCUAUUGCGUCUACGCAAGAGCCUGGAUUCAAGUCAAGUCUUACUGGGAUCUGAGCAUUACAAGCGCUGAGAAGACUGCCCUGACGAGCAUGUUGGCAACGUGCUAG